AUGUCCAGCAAGCGUGCCAAGGGGAAAACCACCAAGAAAAGGCCUCAGAGGGCCACCUCCAAUGUGUUUGCCAUGUUCGACCAGUCUCAGAUCCAGGAAUUUAAGGAGGCCUUCAACAUGAUUGACCAGAACAGGGAUGGAUUUAUCGACAAGGAAGAUCUACAUGACAUGCUGGCCUCCUUGGGUAAGAACCCAUCUGAUGACUACCUGGAGGGCAUGAUGAGUGAAGCUCCAGGUCCUAUCAACUUCACCAUGUUCCUCACCAUGUUUGGAGAGCGACUGAACGGAACUGACCCUGAGGACGUGAUCAGGAAUGCAUUUGCCUGCUUUGAUGAAGAGGGCUCUGGUGUGAUCCACGAAGAUCACCUAAGAGAGCUGUUGACCACUAUGGGAGACCGCUUUACCGACGAGGAAGUGGACGAGCUGUUCAGAGAGGCUCCCAUUGACAAGAAAGGAAACUUCAAUUAUGCUGAGUUCACUCGUAUCCUCAAACACGGGGCCAAAGACAAGGACGACAUCUAAUCUCCCACAGACUCUUAUGCCUGGCUGCAGAGUGCAUUCUGUUCAGAUAAAUGAUGUACAUAUGAGAUGGAAAAAAGAAAUGAACUGUUCUAAAGCUAAAAAUUUGCUAUCAUGAUAUUUGAACAUUAUCACAGUACAAAAAACAACGGUUAUAACUACUUACCUCUGCUUAUUUGCCUCUCCAGCUGUGCCUUAAAGAAUUCUGUAGUUCACAGACCUGUGUGGAUGUUUAUUUCCAAUACUAAACAGAUAUUACAGAUAUGAAGUUAUGCAUCAAAAAAUAUGCAAUGUAUCGUGACCCAACAUUGUUUUAAGCUUCAUUGGGAAUCACUUACUUCAAUGUUUAAUUUCAUCUGAUUACUUGUUUAGAAGAAACUAUAACAUUGUUUCUUCCUCCAGCAGUAAUUGCAGGUCUGUGGUGUGACCCAAAGAUUUAUGCCACUUAAAACUAUUUAUUGAAACACGGCUGAAGGAUUUUAAUGGCAUUCACGAGUCAUCUGUGUAAUGACAAAGACCAAUAACCAGUAAGCUUUUGAACAUGGGAGGUCAAUUCCCCCCCCAAAAAAUUUUUUUGGAGGUAUUUCUGAAAAGUUGGGGUCUUUUAAUGUGCCUUAGCUUGUCAUUGUGGGACCAGUGAAUGAUGCAAAUUUUCUACCUGUGUCAAAUUUCAUUCAGAUAACUAAUUAAAUGGGAGACAACCACAAUUGCUGUUCAUA